AUGCCCUUGGUGUGGACUGCCUCACUGGCCCCCUCGAGCGGUGCUUUCGCCAUUGUCCUGAAAUCCGGUUCCACCUGCGUCGCCGUGAAUCGUGCCACGCAGGGCAAGGCCGAGAUGAUGGUGCUGCCCGGAGAUGCGAAAACGAACACCGUGCCAACCUCUGCGAGGGCCGGCAAAGGUGAGGUUGCCAUUGGCUGGGUCAACCCGUUUGCCAAUGAGAAGGCAGCUCUGCGCAUCUCUGUCGAUGGGGAAGAGAUCGUGAUCAAGGACGUUGGGCGCAAGGCCGAGAUCCCUCUCAAGGCGAAGAAGCUCAAGCUUUCUGUGUCGCGCGUGGGCGAGAACACGGUGGUGGCCCUGGAUGACAUUUCUUCCGGGCUCGGCGUCCUCGAGAGGGCCACGAGCGAGCAGUCAGUGGGAUCCAACGAGGAGUCGGUGGUUGAAGUCGAUCUCCGCCUCGGCCAGAUCGGCGUGUCCCUCGUGGACGACAUGCCCACAGCUCAUGAGCUCCUCUUCCUCCACAUUGGUGACAUCCAUGUGAACUACGUCCAGAACGCCGAUGCUGACUCGGAGCAGUUGCGCUUCCUGGUCGGCGAAGUCCAGGGCAUCUGCCAGCUGCCGGAUCGCACAGAUGGCUCCAUGCUGUCGAAAAAGCAUCAGCACAAAGCUGGAGUGCUUCGCCAGGAGCAGCCGGCCGUGAUUUUGGCGAACCACGGCGAGAAGGGAGCGCACUUCCUGGACAUCCAAAUCACGCGGGAAGCCACCUCCUCCCAGGAUCUGGUCUUGCCCAAGGCAGAGGUACUCAUGGACAAGCUGGAUGUGACGGUGGACAAUGACUGGCUCGCCCCACUCCUCAGCUGGCUGCAGAGGGCGAUCCCACAAGAAGCCAUUGACGUGGGCUUGCAGUGGGAUGAAGUCAAAGAUCGAGCUGGAAGGGCCAUCGUGGCGGAAGGCUACACGCCGCCGGCAGUGCCAGCAAUUGUGUCUGUCGAGAAGUUGAAACUGUCGGAGAUCAACCUUACUGUGUGGUGCAGACUCCCUGUCUCCAGUCUCGACUUCCUGCCUGCUCCGGUGCGUGCGGUGCUCCGCGUGGUGUCCGUUGGAAGCAAUUUCACCUUGAACGGUGCCGGCAUCCGCCUUCCAGAGAAGAAACUUCCCUCCCAUCGAGGGUCCGUGGAGGACUAUGCCAUCAGCAUCGGCCUCGAGUAUGUUUUGCAAGCGAGCGAAUUCAUGGACGACAAGAACGGCGGCGACUCUGGCUAUGGGGCUUGGGGGAAAGUUCCUGUUUGGGACGGCUCUCCUUUGACAUGGCGUGCCUUUAAGAGGGAGAUGCAGUGGUGGCUUUCCAGCCUGGAUGCCGAGGCCACCAAGAAGUACAACCUGGCGGCUCGAUGGCUUUUGCGGCAAAGCGGCACGGUGAGGCAAAGAGGGGAGGAAUUUUCUCCCGAAGAUCUUCAAUAUAAGAAAGCCGAGUCUUACACAGACCCGGACUCGGGGCAGCUGGUGGAGAUAACGCCCGAAGACCCGUUCUUCGGGAUCAACCGCCUCAUGGACGCCCUCGAGAAGAUGAAUGGCCAAUCGACGCUGGACAAGCGAGGAGAAUUAAGGGCACAGUUUUACAUACAUAUGUGCCGCAAGCCGGGCGAGAGGGUCGCGGACUAUGCCUCCCGCUUCCGGACCAGCAUCUCAGACCUUAGGUCAGAAGGAGUUAAGCUUCCGGAUGCUGAACUUGGGUGGUUUUACAAGGAGAAGCUUGGGCUGGAUGCUUUGAGAAAACAAUUGUUAGAAACUGCUCUGGGCGGCACCGAGGACUACUCCACGAUCGCGGCUGGACCGCCCCUCGAACAAGCUCACCAUCCGGAGGAUGUUUGCCGCUCCCUCUUCGUCUUCAUCGGCGCCGCCGUCACUUUCUACGAGCAGCGGCGCGCCCACUACAAGGCGCAGGCUCACGUGUCCGAGGCCGUGGUCGAGGAGGAGCCCGAGGAAGUCUCCGAGCUCUUCGUCGACGAGCCGGCCGGCGAUGCGGUCGACGAGGCCGACGGUCGCACUUUGGAGGAGGUGCUCCAGACUGAGGUGGAGCAGCUGGCCGAGGAGAUCGAGCAGGCGGAAGCCGAGGGAGUGGAUCCCUCUCACCUCGAGGCCCUGGAGAAUGGGAUUGAGGCCAGUGCCGAGGCCUUGGUGUCGAUGAGAGAAGCCCGCGUGAAGUUGGCCGAGGUUCGUAAAGAUCGCGGCUUUAAGGGCCCUGGCUUUGGCAGCGGCUCCUCCGCGAAAGGUCGCGGGCGAGGGUCCGCAAGCAUUCAGGCCAAGAAAAAGGACGGAAAACAUGUUUGCUUCGAUUGCGGGCUUCCCGGGCACUGGGCUGGAGAUGAAGGCUGCACCAAACCUGGGCAGGGAUUGGGCCGAGCAAAGGCCCGGCCUGCCAAGAGUGUAAAGAUUGCCGAGGUUGUUGCCGAAAAUGAGGUGAUCCAGACCGAGGCCGGUGACGGCGAGCUUCGGGAGGUGAUGAUGAUUAAUGCCGAGCCCGGGCGGAACUUGCAGCAGGCCUUUGAGAUGUCGGUGGCCCGCGCCGAGGCGAAUGUUGCAGCGAGUUCGGCGGCGAAUGUUGCCGACAAGGCUGUGGUCGGGGCCCUGGACAGCGCAUGCAACCGGACAUGCGCAGGUGACGCUUGGAUUCAGGAGUACAUCGCCUUGCUAGCCGAUGCGCCGGCCCAGGUGCGAGAGUUGAUCCAGACCGCCCCGGAGACCGAGCGCUUCAAAUUCGGGAACGGAGGCAUUUUGCCUUCCUUUGUGCGCUAUCGGUUGCCGAUUGUGGUUGCCGGUGAGAUGCUGUUGGUGUGGGUCUCGGCGGUUCCUGUGGGCAGCCUCGGCCUGCUACUCGGCCGGGACUUCUUGGAUGCCGUGGGAGGCGUGCUCGACUUUGCCGAGCGCUCCUUAGUUUGCCGAGUCUUUAAUUCGAAGAAGGCCUCGGUGGCGAAAUUGGGACCCGACAAUGUGAUAGAGAUGCUGUUGGAUUGCAAGGCCUGGGCCCGACAGUUGAUGCAGGCCCCCUCCAGUGCAGCAGUCUUUCCUCCGAAUGAGCCCCACAGCCACGACAUGACCGAAGCAAGCCUUGAGCUGGGCCGCCGUGUGUUUGAGUACAACUCCGUGCUGUUGACCUCGGCCCGAAAGAUGUGCUGUGAAGCGAUGGCAGCCUUCGGCGUGGCGCUUCGACCGUCUUCGGCACCUGGUUUUGGCGUUCCCGGCGGCGCAGGCGACGGCCCUUGGCAUGUGGGAGUACUUCCUCGUUGGCGGCGGAUGGUGCUGCGCAGCCUGGCGCGCUGGACGUGGGCAAAAGAAGGGUUGCACCUCGCUUUGGUCAAGCGGCCCGACUCCCGACUUGCGCUUCUUGCCGUUUCCCUGGCCUUCGGUUACUUCGGUGGCUUCUUGGAAAGCUCAAGCCCAGACUUUGAGCGAGCAUGGGGCGUACCCGAGGCGCUGGCUCACCCGCGGGUCAUGGACGGCUUCGGCGCUGAGUUCUAUGACUUGGUUCCGGAACCGGUUCGGCCUCCGCUUCGCCUUCCUCGAGGACCCGUUCUUGCAAGGGAUGAUGGCCGUGGCUUCGACUAA